AUGAAGUUCUUCAUGGCCAAGCAUGAUCUUCAUGAUCUUGGUGUGAUUGGUCCUAAAUUUACAUGGUGUAAUAAUAAGCAAGGGGCUGCCAGGAUUUGGGAACGCUUAGACCGUUGUUUGCUGAAUUCCUGUGCUCUUCAGCUUGUCCCGUCUACUUCCAUUCGAUUUGAAGACACCUGGAAAUCUUAUCCAGUCACAAAAAAUAUUGUUGCAAAGGCUUGGGGUAAGAAUGAUUAUGGGGAUGAAGCUGAUAUCCUUAAUAGAAAGAUUAAGAGAUCCUUGAAAGCUCUCUUCUUCUGGAAUAAGAACACAUGCAAAAACUUGAACCAAUUAAAAGAAGAAUUAAAAAGUGACAUUCUUAGCCUGCAACAACAAGAAGAGGAGGAAGGUGGUCUAAGUUCAGACAAUCUUGCUCUUUUGAGAAGUAAGGUGUGUGAGCUUAACGUCACUUUACUUAGAAUAUCUACUUGGUGGAAUCAAAGAGCCAAGACAACCUGGAAUGAAGAGGGAGAUUCUAAUACUCGGCUUUUUCAUGCCCAUGCUACAGCCAAAAGAAAUGGUAAUCUAAUUAGACAAAUUAAAGAUGACAAUAACAAGUUGGUGGAAGAUAUUGAAGAAAUUGAGAAAAUCUUUUUAAAAUACUUUGAAGACAAAUGGAAACUUCGGCAUUGCAAUUUUCUGGAUUGGCCUUAUGCUGAACCGAAUCAGGUAAUAAAUGAGGAUGAUAAAACCUUUUUUGAGGCGGAAUUCACUCAAUCUGAGUUCUACACUGCAGUUUUUCAGCCAGGAUCUAAUAAAUCCCCCGGAAUUUAUG